CUAUGCAGCUGCCUCUUGUGGCAUACAAGAGCCCAUCACCGAUAGCAGUGAUCCAUGACAGUGGUUGCAGAAUACACUGACUGAACAGACGAAAGACGCAGGCAAAGACACACCGAUUCGUGAAGCCACUCAUUUUGUGCUGGUGCGCUCAAAGCAUACGACCUACAUCGUGGAGCGAAGACUAAUAGCGAGUGCACCUGGGUGUUGUUGGAAUACGAUGGCCUGUAAUGAGCCGCACACGAUAGAAGGCCUUUAAUGUCACAGGUUGCCGUCAAGGAGAAGAUCCUUCUCGCAGACGAACCGGCCUACGAAUCGAACUCUGCCCGAAUGUGUUGAACGGGCGCUUGCCGCAGUCGACGAAACAGUGGGAGAACACCGAGGUUGAGUGAUUAUGGCUGCCUGGCGAAGGGUUCAUCGUAAUUCAGGUCAAGUUCACAAGAUAGAGUAGCUGCACUCCGUUCUGGACGAGCUGCGGCGACAUCUCUCGGGCACCGCCGAGGAAUACACUGAGUACACCACCAAGCAGGACUAACACGGAACAUGAACAAAUUCAUCGCUGCUAGCGUUGUCUUUGUGCCUGCCUUGUCAUGUGCGCAUACCUGAGGAUGUCUGCUGGGCAUGGAUGCUUGCAUCUCUAUGUCUGACCAGGAUAUACACGCAAACAUGACCAGGAUAUGACGCUGUCCUCUCUUUCACGCGUACCUGAGAUGUCGGCUGGCCUUCAAUACAUUCACUCACAUGACCGUGCCUGACAAGAGCGAAGAAGGCAUGUCCUUCCUCCCUCCUGUCUUCGUGAAACACCAAGUGCCCUGAGUCUUCUUCAU